GAGUUGACGUCGAAUGUAUAUAUAAACGAUGCGACUCCAUGCAGCCGACAUACGACUCUACGAUAUACUGUCUGCCGGUAGUGAGCGAAGGACCACACGAGAUGGACCCAUUCGACAAGCUCCCCAACUACGUGACCAACGUGGACCUGAAGUAUCCGUACUCAGACCUGCCGUACAUAGGGCAGUACAAGCUGCUCAAGCUCCCCUUUACUGGAGAGCUGAUCGAACAUGUCGACUACUGGGGCGAGGGGAGGAUCGUCAACGGGGGACUGUAUUCGGGCUUCCGCAACUGCUACAACGUAAACCGACAGUACCAAGAGGUCAGCAACGGGCCCGACAAGGGUCGCAAGAUCCCCAACAGGAUCCCGGUGCGCGACGAGAACGACUGCGACACCCGGGCUUACAUCAAGGAUGACUCGGUCAAAAUAGUGACGCUCAUGAGCGCGCCCAUCAUUCCGAACAGCGCCAGAGACAUUACGAGAAUCGUUAACGAGCGCGUCGGCAUGGUCGUCAUCUACGGAAUGCCGGUAGAGUCCCAGGGUAUUAAGCUUCUGGCUGCCGAGCUAAAGAACAAGCUUCUGCUGUACUGUCCCGACUACGAGCUGUCCGCUUACUUACAGGAGCCGACAAUGAUGGACUCGCACGUGGCUUUCCUCAACAAGCAACUUCUUAUGGAUCUGCUGUUCAAGUACGUGUCGACCGGGGACUACAACAAGGCAGUGACUAUCACGAAGUCCUUGCAAGAUGAUAACGUCGGUUUUGUUAUCAAGGAGCUGGUCGACAGACUCCUGCGCGCAUGAGAACCUAACGUGUUCGCAUACGCGGACAAGUUGUGGUCCGCCGGACACCACGAUAUAGUCAAUGACUUUUUCCCUUCGGAAAUCAAAUUGAUCACCAAGCAAGAAAGGGUAAAAAUCAUCGGAAGAUAUUACAAUCAAGCUCUGAAGCUGGACGCCAAUGUUGACAGGUACAACGACCGCCUGGCCUGGGGAGACAGCAAGGACAAAACUAGUCACAGAGUGAGCUGGAAGCUUAUCCCGGUAUGGGAGAAUAACAAGCUGCUGUAUAAAAUAAUGAACACUGAACAUACUAUGUACCUGAAGCUGGACGUGAACGUAGACGGGUACGGAGACAGGCAAGCGUGGGGCUCCAACAACUCGAACGAGAAGCGCCACCUGUGGAAGCUGACGCCUGUAGUGCUGGAGACCGGCAACGUCUUACUCAUAGAGAACCACGAGUACGGGCAGAGUCUGAAGCUGGACGCGCACGUGGACAGGUACGGCGACCGCCUGCUCUGGGGAAACAACGGAAACGUCGAUGGUAACCCUGGCUACUUCGGCUGGGUCAUCAACGCGUGGCCGUAGAACUUCACAUAACUACAGAUAGCUUACAGGCGACAAUAAAUAUUUGUGCUGAUUCAAAAUGAUUUUCCUUAACGUGACGAGCCGCGGUCAGCGUGAGUGUACCGGUCAUGUCGCGCUGCAUGAGGCCCCGCGCGGACGCUCCUAGUCGCACACUUGCGCGUUUAUUUUAUACUAUUAGGUACCUAUUAUUUAUUUUAUAAGCACAGCUAAUAGCUCACAACCCACCUGGUGUCAAAUGGUUACCGGAGCCUCUAGACAUAUACAAUGUAAUUGCCGCCACCCGACUUGAGAUAUGAGUUCGAAGGUUUCAGUAUAGUUACAACGGCUGCCCCACCCUUCAAACCGAAACGCAUUCUGCUGCGAACUGCUUCACGGCAGAAAUAGGCAGGGUGGUGGUACCUACCUACUCCUACUGACAAGGGAUCCUACCACCAGUGAUUAGGUACACAAAUUAUAAUUUUGCGAGUUUGAUUUUUAUUACACGACAUAAUAUUAUUCCUUCACCGUGGAAGUCAAUCGUGAACAUUUGUCAAGUACCGUCAAAUACGCCAACUUUGCCACGAGGGUAAACUUUGCCCAAAACACACUUUCUAAGAAAAUCAACUAAUAUCAUAAAAAGUACCAAACUUAGUACAGUGUUUAUAACAUUGGUAGAGAAUCAAACAUACCUGUGACAUCAUAGGAUAGCGCGUGCGUUCCUAACUUGACACAGUUACCUGUCGGCACUUGUCAAAAAAGGGAUGAGUUUUUGCGGGCUAAUUACUGUGAGUUUUUUGAAGUAAAUUGUGCAUUAUAACGAAAACACCGGUAAGUUUAAUAAAUUAUUUGUUAUGUAAAACAAUGUGCUUAGUAUUUUGCUGAUAGAUUCGUUGCUGUAGCUCAAGUAUAACAAAAGUUAUGAUGACGGGCAAAGUUACACAGAAAUGUGCAGCCGCACCAUUGUCAACAUUGCCCACCGUCAAAAAACAUCUAGGGUUGACGCUUUGGUUUUCUUUUACGCAAUUGUUAAAAAAAGAGUGUUAUAUUUUCAGGGUUCAUGUACGUAUGUCUAUAAUGUUUAUUGAGAAUUGAGAAUAUUACUACUACUGUUGAGAAUUUAUGUAUCCCUAUGGAUCUUUCAGCCCACAGACGUCCACUGCUGGACAUAGGCUUCCUCCAAGUCUCACCGAAACGAUCGAUCCUGCGCUGCUUACAUCCAGUAGAACCCCGAGAAUCUUAUUGGAUCGUCAGUGCAUCUUGUGAGAGGCCUAUCCAUGUUACGUCUCCCGGUACGCAGCCGAACUCGAGAACUUUGCGGUCCCAACUACACUUUAAGUCGCAAUCCUUUUGGCUAUGUACCCCAACUGGAAUAGAAUAAAAAUAUCUACAGAAGAAAAAAAAAAUAUUUUAUUCUUUAUUACCUAUAAUAAUUCGAAAUUUUGUAUUUCAGAAGAAACAAACAUAAAUCGCGUAUUCGAUAAAGAAGGUCGAGACGUGAAGUUAGGUCCAGGCAGCACAAAACUUAAAUUUAGUUAUCAGAUUUUAAGUCUCCUGUUAUAAAAAUGAGUCUUUGAUUUUAAUUGAUCGAAGUCUUUAAUAAACAACUGCACUUUAAAAAUUGUUUAUGUUACUCACCUAUUGCGAUACUCUGUGAAGAUUACUCAAAUGUGACAACCCUAGCACUUUUAAAUCGCUACGUACCGUUUGUAUGGGAAAGAGAAAAAAUGUCAGGAUAACAUUGUCCUUUCAUUUUAGUAAGAAAAUAUUUAUGAUAUUAAGUAAACAUUUUGGGCGAUCGCUUAUAUUGCCAAAAUGUUUUUAUUGGUUCUUAAGGCAUUCAUCUAAGUGUUAUUGUUGUGCUAAAAUUCAAGGUGGGCAAUGUUGGCCAAAAGUCUAGAUAACUUUACCCGCCUUGAAAAUUGUUUAUAUUAUCCAGAAAACCAUUACUAAUGUUAAAUUUAAGUAAACACAUGCAUGCAUAUGAACUUAUUGUUGCCAUAGAUAAGCAAAUAUGUAAUGGGCUACAUACAAAAAUCUUGAAAUAUCUAGUGUUAUUUAAAAAAUGUGGGCAAUGUUGGCUAGUUUGACGGUACGUA